GCCGCCGCCGCCGCCGCGUCUGCUGCGAGAUGGCAGUCUUGGGCGCGGAAGGCUGAGGGUGCCGGCCGCUGGAGGAGGCGCCGCAGCGGUGGCCGCCGGGCUGCCGAGAGCCGACAGCUUCGCGCCGGGUCUGUCUCCUCACUAGACUAUGAGCUCCUUGAAAGGAGGAAUCGUGUUUUACUCAUCUUUGUAUCCCCAGUGUCUGGCACAAUUCCUGGUACAUAGUUUAAGCUGAAUUUUGGGACAUGGCUACUGCUUCUCCAAGGUCUGAUACUAGUACUAACCACAGUGGAAGGUUACAGUUACAGGUAACUGUUUCUAGUGCCAAACUUAAAAGAAAAAAGAACUGGUUUGGAACAGCAAUAUAUACAGAAGUAGUUGUAGAUGGAGAAAUUAAGAAAACAUCAAAAUCCAGUAGUUCUUCUAAUCCAAAAUGGGAUGAACAGCUACUUGUAAAUGUGACCCCACAGACUACUUUGGAAUUUCGAGUUUGGAGUCAUCACACUUUAAAAGCAGACGCUUUGUUAGGAAAGGCAACAAUAGAUUUGAAACAAGCUCUGUUAUUACACAACAGAAAAUUGGAAAAAGUGAAAGAACAGUUAAAACUCUCUAUGGAAAACAAGAAUGGCAUAGUUCAAACUGGUGAAUUAACAGUUGUGCUUGAUGGACUUGUAAUUGAACAAGAAAAUCUGACAAACUGCAGCUCAUCUCCAGCCAGACAAAUACAGCAAAAUGGUGAUGCCUUACAUGAAAAUGUAGAGUCUUCAACAAGGACAGCUACCAGGUUGCCUAUUGAAAGUACUAAUGAAGUAGAAAACCACGUACCUGAAAACACCCUUGUCCAAAACUCAUGCUGUUCACAUAUUGUUAAUGGAGACAACACAUCUUCAUCUCCGUCUCAGGUUGCUGCCAGACCCAAAAGUACACCAGCUCCAAAACCACUCACAUCUGAGCCUGCCAAUGACACUGUUAAUGGAGAAUCACCCUCAUCUGCACCAAUUGAUAAUGCUUCCUCUACGGGUACUGUAAUAGUAUCUGAGGAAACCGCCUUGUCUUCAAAUUGCACUACUACUACUGUUGAAGAUCCUCCAGUUCAAGAAAUACUGACUUCCUCAGAAAACAGUGAAUGUAUUCUGUCAAACAGUCCAGCAUUUGGUUCUGAAGCUAGAAGUACGGUUGAUUCUGCCAUCUCUAGUUCUGAGAAUAAUUCUACUUUUGAAGCAGCAAAAUCGAGACAGCCAGAUGGUUAUGUGGAAUCUUUACGUCAGCAGGCUGGAAAUGUCAGCACAGAAACUUUACCUUCGGGGUGGGAACAAAGGAAAGAUCCUCAUGGUAGAACCUAUUAUGUGGAUCAUAACACUCGAACGACGACUUGGGAGAGGCCACAACCUUUACCUCCAGGUUGGGAAAGAAGAGUUGACGAUCGUGGAAGGGUUUAUUAUGUGGAUCAUAAUACCAGAACUACCACCUGGCAGCGGCCUACCAUGGAGUCUGUUCGAAAUUUUGAACAGUGGCAGUCACAGCGGAACCAAUUGCAGGGAGCUAUGCAACAGUUCAACCAACGAUACCUCUACUCGGCUUCAAUGUUAGCUGCAGAAAAUGACCCAUAUGGGCCUUUGCCACCAGGCUGGGAAAAAAGAGUUGAUGCCACAGACAGAGUUUACUUUGUGAAUCACAAUACAAAAACCACCCAGUGGGAGGAUCCAAGAACACAAGGUUUACAGAAUGAAGAACCCCUUCCAGAAGGCUGGGAAAUUAGGUAUACUCGGGAAGGUGUUAGAUAUUUUGUUGAUCAUAAUACAAGAACAACAACAUUCAAGGAUCCACGCAAUGGGAAGUCAUCUGUAACUAAAGGUGGUCCCCAAAUUGCUUAUGAACGCAGCUUCAGAUGGAAACUUGCUCACUUCCGUUAUUUGUGCCAGUCUAAUGCGCUACCAAGUCAUGUAAAGAUCAAUGUAUCUCGGCAGACAUUGUUUGAAGACUCCUUCCAACAGAUUAUGGCAUUAAAACCCUAUGACUUGAGGAGGAGAUUAUAUGUAAUAUUUAGAGGUGAAGAAGGACUUGAUUAUGGUGGUCUAGCAAGAGAAUGGUUUUUCUUGCUUUCACAUGAAGUUUUGAACCCCAUGUAUUGCUUAUUUGAAUAUGCUGGCAAGAACAACUACUGUCUACAAAUAAACCCAGCAUCAACCAUUAAUCCAGACCAUCUUUCAUAUUUCUGUUUCAUUGGUCGCUUUAUUGCUAUGGCAUUAUUCCAUGGAAAGUUUAUUGAUACUGGCUUCUCUUUACCAUUCUACAAACGUAUGCUAAGUAAAAAACUGACUAUUAAGGAUUUGGAAUCUAUUGAUACUGAAUUUUAUAACUCUCUUAUCUGGAUAAGAGACAAUAACAUUGAAGAAUGUGGCCUAGAAAUGUACUUUUCUGUUGACAUGGAGAUUUUGGGAAAAGUCACUUCACAUGACCUGAAAUUAGGAGGUUCUAAUAUCCUGGUGACUGAGGAAAACAAAGAUGAAUAUAUUGGUUUAAUGACAGAAUGGCGUUUUUCUCGAGGAGUCCAAGAACAGACCAAGGCUUUCCUUGAUGGGUUUAAUGAAGUUGUGCCCCUUCAAUGGCUACAGUACUUUGAUGAAAAAGAAUUGGAGGUUAUGCUGUGUGGUAUGCAAGAAGUUGACUUGGCAGAUUGGCAGAGAAAUACUGUGUAUCGACAUUAUACAAGAAACAGCAAGCAAAUCAUUUGGUUUUGGCAGUUUGUAAAAGAGACAGAUAAUGAAGUAAGAAUGAGGCUAUUGCAGUUUGUCACUGGGACCUGCCGUUUACCUCUCGGAGGAUUUGCUGAGCUCAUGGGAAGUAAUGGGCCUCAAAAAUUUUGCAUUGAAAAAGUUGGCAAAGACACCUGGUUACCAAGAAGCCAUACAUGUUUUAAUCGCUUGGAUCUACCACCAUAUAAGAGUUAUGAACAACUAAAAGAAAAACUUCUUUUUGCAAUAGAAGAAACAGAAGGAUUCGGACAAGAAUGAAUGUGGCUUCUUGUCUUGGAGGAGCUCUUGCAUUUAUUCACCCCUGCCAAGAAAAAUUGCACAGAUAGUGUAUAUAAAUAAGCUGUUCAUUCUGUACAGUGAAUUUUCUGAACCUCUCAAAGUAUGUUUUCCAUUUUUCCACAGAAAUAUGCAAAACAUUCAUCAUUUUCUACUUUAUUUAUUGUUCCCUUAAAGUGACUAUAAGGAAAAAGAUCAUCCUUAAAUUUUGAAGCAAGAAACUUUAAAAUAAGUAUAUAUCUAUAUAAGCAUUUAUGAUAGUAGCUCUAGUUUUAUAGAGCUCCAAGUGUAUUAAACACGACAGCUGUUCAUUCAAAACUUUGAAUUUGCUUUACCUUGUUUCUAUUAUCCAGGGGGGAAAGUGCAAAUUGUUCCAUGUUGUUCUCCCUUAUGUAACAUCUCCUGAGGGUGUUCAGUUGCAUGGCUAUUCAGGAAGGUAUUAAGGGCUUUGGCCAAAUUUUACUCCUAAGUAUGUUUUAAAAAGUGCUGCUGGCUUUUCUCAAGACAGGGAUGUGAACCUGUCAUUUUGUUUUAAAUAAAAUAGUAGAAAAUUUUUCUUCUUUGUUAAGCACUAAUAUGGUCAAAGUAAUGAAUGAAACCUUAACUUAAAUCAAGUCAUAAACUAGAUCCAGUGCCAUUUAUUUUAUUAUAGAGAUUGGAAAGAAUUCAUAGAGCAGUAUAGGAGUUGGUCACAUGUUACUUUGGGAUGUUGGUUAUUUGUGGAAUUAAGAGUAGGCACUUCUGUACUUUUUAAAUCUAUGAUGUUCAUAUAAUUUGACACUUAGGAAUAUAUGAAAAAUGUGAAUUUUCACUUGUGUUUAAGGUUUAUAAAACCAGAUAAAGAAUCAUUUAAGCAUUUGGGCACUUAAGCAAAUGUGAGUCUAAUGAUUCUUGAUUUUUAUUAAAUUCAUGAAAAUUCUGUACAUCUGAAUUAAAUCUGUUGCCCUUAACUACUCACCCCCUUUCUACAUUGUCAUUUUUGUCCUAACACUUCAUUAAAAAUAUCUGAUGUGAAUGAUAUUAAUGCUGCUUCAGCAAACUGGGCUUCCUUAUUAAUACAGAGUUAUAAUUUUCACUUGUAACAAUUUCAAUAUGCACUGUAAAUUUCUUUUAAGUUUAUAGCCAUGGACUUGACAUCUCAGAAUGUUACAUGUAACAUUUCAUUGCUUAGUACUUACUGAAAUAGUGGUAUACAAUUUAACAUCUUUGAAGAUUGUUUCACCAAUUUUUUUCCCCAAAAUAUUUACGCUGUUUUCUGCGUUUUUAGCCAAAAUUCAGUGAAGAUGAAAUAAAGACAGUAAUCCACUUGGUUGAAUACAUUUCUUCCCAAAUUCUAACUACUGACUCUGGUUAUUUUUAAGCUUAAAUAAUCUAUGGCAAACAGGCAACUAUAAGUUCUAUUGCAUAACGCAUUAUACAAAAGGAGGUUUAUCUUCAACCAAAUUACUUAAAUUAUACCAUAAGAGAGUUAAGUAUUAGUUACGUAGAUGGCACCACAAAUGUAAUUCAAUACAGAUGAGAACACCAUUUAGCAACUUAAUUGAAGUCAUGUACUCAAAGGUGCCAGCCUCUCCCUACCCUCACAGGAAUUGUUAUAAAGAAACCAAAGCAGCUUUCUGGAGAAUCCUUUGGAGACCUUAACAGGGCCUUUCAAUUUUGAUAGGUUACAGAGGCCUAGACCCACAGGCAUAAAUCUACUCCAUAACAAAGAGAAAAUCUGAGAAAAUGUGGCCCAUUUUUUUUCUCCCUACCCUGUUCAGUGCUGUACUAGUUUAGCCACAGAAAUCAGAAGAAACCCACUGUGCCCAAAGACAGUUCACAAAGAAAACAAGACAAGUAGAGAGGUUCAAAGAUAAGUUUAUACUGUUAGAUCACUUUGCCACUGUCACUACCAGUAAACUCAACCUGGGGACUGGAUCAUAGACACAAUACUAAUUUCAUCCAUUAAUAGUCUUCCAGGAGAAGCUACAAAUUAUACCUUUAGUACUUCCUAGGCAGUUAAGGCUGAAAGAGGAUUAAUAAAAUCUACUACCCUGCAGGUCCGGGGUUUCUAAUCCAGAAUACUAGACUGGCAAGUGUCAACAAAAUUAUUACUCAGUUUGUUUCUAUUAAAAAUGAAUCCUGAUGGCUCUAGAAGAUAGUAUAGUGGCUACACAAAAAUCUUCUCAUGCCUGAAGCUUGGAGGUGCCAGGUUCAGUCACUCAUCACUGUCAGACUGAGCUGAGCAGUGCUCUGCUAAAAACGAAAAAAAGGCCAGCAAAAUAACUCACUUGCAUAGCGUGCUGCUUUUGUCAAGUGUACGACCCUGGUUCCAGCCCGACCCCCACCGCUUUGGAGAAAGCUUUAGUGUGUUCUUUUCUUGCUCAGUAUUUGGAUGUCAGCCCAGAGUAGUAAAACUCUGGAGAUGGCCCCUACAUUCUCCCCCUCCCACAAAAAAAUUUAAAAAGGACUCUUGACUGAUGAGUUGGAUCUCGACAGAGGCUGUCCAUGUAUUUGAUAGCAAACUGUAAUUGAGAUUCCUGGGAAUAUUUUACCUCAUGGAGCUGUGUAGAUGCUAUGCUACAUAGACUGCUACUGUAAAGUUAUCUCAAUGAAACGAGAUGUGAUAGUGAUCUGAUGGACACCUAUGGUUCUGUUCUACAGCUUCCAAAUAAAUUGGUGUGAAAUUGA